GUAGACUUCCAGUUAGUUACGCAUGCUUGGAUCGUUUCAGUCCUGCAUGGUGUAGGCUUUCUUUUUCACCUCUGCAUUGUCUGUUUUUGCUGUUUUCUCUUCUUUUUAUGAGUCGUUGCUCGUAGAAGUACCAUUACCACAAUUUAAAAACAAGCCAAACCCCACAUUCAGUAAAAAGUAAUAAGUUGUAUGUUUUAAGGUGUUGUAGCGUCAUCACUGAGAAAUUACCCAAACAUCAAUAAAGUUAUUUUGAUGAUCUGACUGGAUUUAAUUUUGAACACUUUUAAGCAUAUAAUUUAACAUGUCACAUUAAUAUAGAAUAUACACAACUGAAAUGUAGUGCAUUAGAAGCAUUGCUUAGUAAUACUUAAAGUAUAUAUAUCUCAAAAAUGUGCUGCAUUGUACUUGAAUUAAAGCACUUUGUUACUUUAUUUUGCAGCCUAAUAGUAGCAAGUAAGUGUCAGUAUUAUUUAGAAACUCAUUUGUCCCUGCUGCCACUUUGUGGUUUUAUUAAUUUAACUCUUAUUUUAUUUCAUUUUAUCGUCACGUUUCUUUUGUCUUAAAUUCAUAAUGAUUUUGUUCUUUUUUAAUCGAUUUUAUUUUAUUAUUAUCAUAUUUUUGGUCUGUUGUGUGGUUUUAAAGUGACAAAUUUUCAAGACAAAUUGCCCCUCAAGGAUAAUAGAAUAGAAUGGUUUUAUUGUCAUCUUACAUGGCAUGACAAAAAUACAACUAGCUUCCGCUGGACGGUGCACGACAACAAGCAAUGAGAAAUAAAAUAUCAACAUUAAAUAAUAAAUCAAAUGUACCUGAAAAAUAAAAGAAUAUUAAAAAUGACAGCAACUGCAGAGGAGGCCAGAUAUAUACAAUAUGAGAGGUAAAUGAGAUGAAAUAAGAACCAGUAAAUAGAAUAAAUAUGUCAGCAAAUUGCACAUAUAGGAAAUUGCACGAAAGCAGCGAAAAGUGACAUUGUGCAUUCAGGUAGAACAAAGGCUACUUUGAACAUUGAACCUAUUAACACCAAAAUCCUUUCUUUUCAGACACUGUUCUACCACAAGGCAACCAUGUAUAUAGAUUCAGCCUUAACAUACCUCCAGGAAGCAUGCCAUCAUCCUUCAAGGGCCAUCAUGGAAAGAUCGUCUACAUGCUGGUAGCGAAACUGUCCAGGAGCUGGAAGAUUGACAAUACAGCAGAAAAGGAGCUCAACUUUGUGUCCAAGUGUGUUCCAAAUCUUCAUUCUCUGAGGUUGCAACAAGUUGGUUCAACAAAGAAAGAGAUGGGGAUUUUCUCCAGAGGACAGGUACACAUGGAUGCCACUGUUGACAAGACAGCUUAUGCUGCAGGUGAGACAAUGGUGAUCACUGCAAAAAUCAAUAACUCUACAUCCAGUGACAUGAUACCCAAAAUUAGUCUAGUCCGGGACGUUGUGUACCGGGCCAGUAGCAGCAACAAAUAUGAGAGCCAAACUGUCCACAAAGUAGUCGAAAACUGUGUUAGGUCUCAGACACAGAGGGAGAUCCGGUGUGGAAUAAAGAUUCCUUGUGAUUACCUGCUGACAAUCCAGAAUUGUGAGAUUAUCACAGUGGAUUACCAUUUAAAGGUGUAUCUGGACAUAAGCUUUGCUUUCGAUCCAAAGAUCAAGUUCCCGGUGGUUAUCUUACCUCCCGACAUGGUUUCUGGCUUUCAGAGUGGUGUAGCCAUGGGCCCCUCUCCAGGUGGCGCUGCUGGGGGCCCAAGCCACAGCAACUUCCCUCCCCCUCAGAUGUCUAUGGGCCCCUACCCUGCAUCGCCACAUUCAGGCGGUUAUAGAUACUCAGCAGUCCAAAGUUAUUCAGCACCACCACCUGCGUACCCGGCUAACCCACCAAUGUACACUGGUCCACCACGUGCCUACCCAAGUCAGCCGGCACACAUGUCGGGGGGCUAUAAUAACCCAGUGCCACAGCAGCCUUCUCCAUACGGGUCUCCAUUUUCAUCCUCCUCCUCAUCUUUGGUGCUUCAUCCUCCACCCGCUGUCCCAAGAUUUCACUCCCCUCCAUCUGCCCCAGAGAUCCAGCCAUUUCCUCCCUCUAUAUCCCCCUCAGCUCCAACAUACAACCCGCUGCCUUCUGCACCAAUGAUGCAUACAGAUUUCCUCUCUCAAUCAGAUGAAGGUCCUCCAGCAUAUGCCUUACUUUUCCCAUCUUCCACAACUGAAACGUCUGAUGGAAAAUAAUUAACUGAACACAUCAGUCAGUUACUAGAGAACUACACCACUAAUAGUUAAAAAUGUUCGCCAAAUCAUCACCUAUAUUGUGUCUUUAACAAGUGUGAAUUUUAUGUGAUGAAGUGUGUGUAAUAUUUACUAGUGGCACUUAGCUAGGUACAGGAUAUACAAUAAUUAGUUUUUUGCACUGUAUGCAAUUUGGUUUUCUGGUCAGUUCAGGUCACCAGUUGGCUUUGUCCAGCUGUUAAUGGAAUACUGCAACCUCAGUCAUCAAGAUACACUCCAGGGUUCUCGCCAGCGCAUUUCAGCAUAACGGGCCGUUACGCUGUCAGUUUAAAAGAUUACACUGUGAUUAGGGCCGCUACGCUGCCUUUCAAGUUGUGGUAUUGUGUUUUGAGCACAUUUGCUUGCAUAAUAUUUCCAUAUUUAUGUGAGAAAACUUCUUUAUUGGGGCAGUUGGCGCUGUGAAAGAGAGUUAUUUUGACAGAUAACGCCAUGUGCGUUUGUUUUUAUCGACUGGGUGCCUAUCUAGGUUCUCUAUGGAGCAAAAGCUUUUUGGAGCUUUUUAAUGAAGGCUAUUGCGCAUGCGCAUAGUGUCGGGCCGUCCAGACCUGCCGUUACGCUUUUAAAAAAUCCUGGUGAGAACCCUGCACUCUGCUUUAUAUGCCUUGUUCAAAGUGUCAUUAUUCUUGGUAUUGGUUUACGUACUUACUCAUACUACCUCAGUGUUCUGUUAUUGGCUGCCUUAAAAAAACUGGAAACAUUCUGUGGACAUCCAUCCAUCCAUUAUCUAUACACCACUUUAUCUUCUGUAGAGUCACAGGGUGGCUGGAGCCUAUCCCUGCUGACUUAAGGCAAUGGCAUUCUGUAAACAUGCAAAAGAAUAAAUCUUUUCAUUAUUUUUUUUAACUAAAGUGUAUUACUAAAAGGUCAAACACACACACACACACACACACACAUAUAUAUAUUUCCCUAUACUUGCCAGUCUGUCGAGUUUAGUGAAAGACAAUUGUCAGUUUUGUUACAUUUUGCACCUGAAUUAUUAAUAUAUUUUGAAACUGCUCUUGUAGAUUUUAAUAAAAGCUUCUUUGUCAA